UCCACUACCAGCAGCUAAGGGUAUCCUGGAAACCGAGCUGCAGUUGGCUGGUGCAGACAAGACCCAGGGGGUCCCACGAGCUUUCGGGUAUGUAAUUGGGAAAGGGGUGAUCAGCCUCAAUUUUAAAAUCCCCCAGGGCCGAAAGCCCGUGUACACAAAACAACAGUUCGUACUGGCGAGGCCUGGAGGAGGGGGAAGGAUGCUGGGAGAGGAUGCGCAACUACAAGCCCCAGCAUGCAGUGCGCGGUUGGGCGACCGGAAAAAGGUCCGCGGUGCUGCGCGGCCUGGCCUCCGUCCGGAAACAACGCCGAACGUGAGACGCUGGCCGUCGGCCACGAAUUCCCAGAAUGAGGAAGACACGAGGAGCCCUUAGGUCUCGUAUCCAUGACGCCCUCUGUCUAGGGGGAACUCUGGGUUGCUGGGGAGUGGGGUAUCUGCGGGCCAGCCCAGGCUGGUAUCGGACCUCCACCGUCUCAGAGCCUCCUGCACUGCCGCCGGGCGACGGAGCCGGACGUGACGUCCCGUCGGAGGAAGAAGGGAGAGGCGGAGCGCGGUGCGGUGACGUCCCCCAAGAUGGCGGAGAGAGAGUGAGAAAACUGUGCUCACCCUUAGGUUUCUCUCGGGUCAAAUUCCAUUCUGAUAGAAAAAAUGCAGUAUUCACAUCACUGCGAGCACCUUUUAGAGAGACUGAACAAACAACGGGAAGCAGGUUUUCUCUGUGACUGCACCAUAGUGAUUGGGGAAUUCCAGUUUAAAGCUCAUAGGAAUGUGCUUGCCUCGUUUAGUGAAUAUUUUGGCGCGAUCUACAGAAGCACUUCUGAGAACAAUGUCUUUCUUGAUCAGAGUCAGGUAAAGGCUGAUGGAUUUCAGAAAUUGUUGGAGUUUAUAUACACAGGAACGUUAAAUCUUGACAGUUGGAAUGUUAAAGAAAUUCAUCAGGCCGCUGACUAUCUCAAAGUGGAAGAGGUGGUCACUAAAUGUAAAAUAAAGAUGGAAGAUUUUGCUUUUAUUGCUAAUCCCUCUUCUACAGAAAUAUCUAGCAUUACCGGAAACAUUGAAUUGAAUCAACAGACUUGUCUUCUUACUCUACGAGAUUAUAACAGUCGGGAGAAAUCAGAAGUAUCUACAGACUUAGUUCAGGCAAGUCCUAAACAAGGGGGCUUAACAAAGAAAUCAUCGCAAACUAAAAAGAAGAAAAAGGCUUCCAGCUCUCAGAAAGCAGGGCAGAAUAAAACCGUGCAAUAUCCCAGUGGCAUUUUAGAGAAUACAUCUGUGGAAUUAUUCCUAGAUGCAAAUAAAUUGUCUGCAUCCAUAGUCGAACCGUGUACACAGAGAACUGAUAAUGCAGAACUUGAGUUGACAUCAGUUGUGGAAAAUACUUUCCCAGCACAAGAUAGCAUACCAGCCGUCACAGUGACACGGAAGCGUGGAAAAUCACAGCCAAACUGUGCUUUGAAAGAACACUCUAUGUCUAAUAUAGCCAGUGUUAAGAGUCCGUAUGAGCUGGAGAACUCUGGGGAAGAGCUGGAUCAGAGGUUUUCCAAAGCCAAGCUCGUGUGUAACACGUGUGGGAAAGUGUUUUCAGAAGCCAGCAGCUUGAGAAGGCACAUGAGAAUACAUAAAGGAGUCAAACCUUAUGUCUGCCACUUGUGUGGAAAGGCAUUUACCCAGUGUAAUCAGCUGAAAACGCAUGUGAGAACUCACACAGGUGAGAAGCCAUACAAAUGUGAAUUGUGUGAUAAAGGAUUUGCUCAGAAAUGCCAGCUAGUCUUCCACAGUUGCGUGCAUCAUGGUGAGGAAAAGCCCUAUAAAUGUAAUGUGUGCAAUUUACAGUUUGCAACUUCUAGCAAUCUCAAGAUUCAUGCAAGGAAGCAUAGUGGAGAGAAGCCUUACGUCUGUGAUAGAUGUGGGCAGAGAUUUGCCCAAGCCAGCACACUGACCUAUCACGUCCGUAGGCAUACUGGAGAAAAGCCUUAUGUGUGUGAUACCUGUGGGAAGGCAUUUGCUGUCUCUAGUUCUCUUAUCACUCAUUCUCGAAAACAUACAGGUGAAAAACCAUACAUAUGUGGUAUUUGUGGGAAAAGUUUUAUUUCCUCAGGAGAGCUCAACAAACACUUUCGAUCCCAUACAGGAGAAAGACCAUUUAUCUGUGAAUUAUGUGGAAAUUCUUACACAGAUAUAAAAAAUUUAAAAAAGCACAAAACGAAAGUCCAUUCUGGUGCAGAUAAAACUCUAGACUCCAGUGUAGAGGAUCACACUUUGAACGAACAAGAUUCCACACAAAAAAGCCCUUUAUCAGAAACAAUGGACGUGAAGCCUUCUGAUAUGACUUUGCCACUGGCUCUUCCACUUGGGACUGAGGACCACCACAUGCUCCUGCCUGUGGCAGAUACUCAGUCUCCUACAUCCGAUGCACUGUUGAGGUCAGCUGUGAAUGGGUAUUCAGAACCACAGUUGAUUUUUUUACAACAAUUAUACUGACUCUGUGAAAAAUAAGUUAAUUGUUCAGACGUGUUGGGCAGUAAGCGUAAAUAACCCUGGGAGGGUGCGUGUGUUCACAUUAAACCCCGUUCAUCUGAGUCGUGGCCGUUACUUUUCAUUCACCUGAGUAAAAGCACCUGAUGCUGCAUCGUGACUGCAGUGUUCGUUUUGAUUUUUGACUUUCAUAUCUGGACUGUUACGCAGCUUUUUAAGGAAUGAGUUACUAUAGUAGCACUAUUUAGGGUGGGUAAUUUUUAUUUUCUUUUAAAGCUGUCUUAAUUCCACUUUAAUUUUGCAUUUUAGAAUUGCCCGUCAUUUUUUUAAGUAGAAUCUCACUGAUUCAGUUUUGGCCUGUGGGAUUUCUUUUUGUACCUUUAAAAUGUAAGCAAAAUCCAUGAUAGUAAGAGCUAUGAGUUUUGCUGUUUUGUAAGCCCUAUAGACUAAUACAUAACAUAAGCUAUGGAGAAGAAAUACAGUUUCUUAUUUCUGCCUUUAAAAACUUAGAUUCUGAAAAGGAUUGUGGAUUUUCUUUACUAUAUUUCAUUAGAAGUAACUUUUCUAAUGAAACAAAAAUGAGAUGUCUCUCUUAAAAGCUAGAAAGCUGUAUGUAAGUUUUCAUUUAUUUACAUCUCAGUAUUCUGAAGAAAACUAAUGGUUGGUAUUUUUGGUUUGAGUCAUAGACUAUAUUUUCAAAAUUAAUUUUAAAUAGAUACUUGGUGUUUUUAAUCUUGUCAAAAAAGUUUCAAAAUUGAUUCAGUUUAUGUUUUAUUAGGUUUCUAGAUCACUAGAAAUAAGAAAAAUAUACUGAGUUUUGAAAAACUUUUGAUAAACUUCUCAUGCCUGUUACGCACUUUUUAAAAUAAAUAUUAAAUUCUAAAAAGGAAUUUUCUAGGUAAAACUUGAUGCAUACUAGAAAUCACUUGAACUUCUAAAUUUGGUACAUUAUAUUACAUAAAGAGUUAAGGAAUUAACUUCAGUUAUAAGUAAACAUUUUGGCUUAUCAGAAAGCCAGUUUAAUAAACAUUUUAUAUUCCGUUUUCUAUAACUUUGGGCUUUAAAUUUUGUAAAUUAAACCAUAGUUUUCUGCCGUGCUCUUUCACAAGUCCUCUCCUCCUAAAUGAAUGUAGGAGAUCCAGAAUUACCUGAUACCUGCUGCCGCCCUUUCCGCCCUCCCUCUCCCGCUAUUGAUUUAUCCCACUGCCUCAUCUGUAGACGGUAACUGACCGGUCUCUCAGAGCAGCUUGUACAGUGUGGGGCAAGCACCAUGCUGAUAUUAUUUCUGAUUUCUGCCAUGCAUUAGUUGUGGCUUAUUUGUUUUCGGGUUUUAAACCACAUUUGUAAUAAAGUUAAUGUGUUUUCUAUUGGCA